AGGCCGGGGCGCCCGAGCCCAGCUUGCGGGGGCGCGGCCGCGGCCGCAAGCGGCCCCGCGACCCGGAGCAGCGGGUGCAGUGGGACGAGGCCAACAUCGCCGAGCACGACAAGGAGCGGGGCACCCGCCAGAAGAUCGUGGAGCCGCCCACGCCCUGGGCCCGCAGCCCAGCGUCCGUGUCGGAUGACGAGGGCGAGGCCGAGGGCGCCGCGGCCGGCGCUGCCGCGGCGGGCGGCGCCGCCGCGGGCGCGGCCGACCCCGCGCAGCUGGCGGCACGGCUGCUGCUGCUGGCCGCGGAGGGCGGCGCCGGCGCAGAGGGCGGCGGCCCCUGCGACGGCCGGGGCGCUGGCGGCAAAGGCCCCGCCGCGGCUGGCGGAGCGGCCGCGCCAGCCUCGCCGCCAGUUGCGGAGUCCCCUGCCAGAGGGCGGGAGGCGGCGAGCCCCGCGGGGCGGAAAACACCAGCGGUGGCCUUCGCGGGCGGUUCCGAGCCGAAGGUUUCCUCGGCGAGCUUCAAGGCCAAGCGCUCGGCUCACUACAACGAGUUCCAGAUGCUCCAGGCGUUUCGGCGGGGGCAGGGUGGCGCGGGCGCUUCCGACGAGUCCGACGGGCAGGACUGAGAGUGGCAGCCCGCGGGCGCGGUGGCAGCGAGCGCCGUGCGCGCCGCCUUCCCGCCUCCGCCUUUUCUCUCCGCUGACUUGGCUCCCCCCCGGGCACGGCUGCUCCUGCUGCUCCUGCUCGCGGCGGGGCUCUCGCUCUCUUGUGCCCCCCGCCCUGUUCGCUCCUCGUGCUCCCCUCUCUC